CACAUUCUGCUUCACCCAGAAGCUUCUGGAUGGCACCUGGUUGGUGUUCACUCUAUCAGAGGAGAAAAGCACAUGCCAAAAAUAGUUCAAAAUGUUUUUAGGUAUCCUUCUCAGCCUCUUACUGCAUGUAUGGUCCUGUGAGGCUACACAAACAAAUCAAGAAAAAGGGACAUUUUGUAAUUUCUGUGGUUCCUGCAGCAACCCUGAGUCUGCAAAACUUCUGGACAGAAUUACAUUUGCUGCACAAAGCUGCAAAGAAAUUCGUGACAAGUAUCAUGUUUAUAAUGAUGGCCUGUACUAUCUGAUCUCAUCAAGAGGGGUCCUUUACCAGACGUUCUGUGAUAUGACCACUGCGGGCGGUGGCUGGACCCUGGUGGGCAGUGUUCAUGAAAACAACAUGUAUGGAAAGUGCACUGUUGGUGAUCGCUGGUCUAGCCAGCAGGGCAGCGACCCAAACCGACCUGAUGGUGAUGGGACAUGGGCAAACAGAGUAACAUUUGGAACUGCUGAGGCCGCUACAAGUGAUGAUUAUAAGAAUCCUGGAUACUUUGACAUUGAGGCACAGGAUGUGUCUGUGUGGCAUGUUCCUAAUAAUAGUGAGAUGCAACACUGGACCACUGCCUCCAUCCUGCGAUACCACACUGAAAAUCACUUCUUAACCUUACAUGGAGGAAACCUUUUCAAUUUAUUUAAGAAAUUCCCUGUGAGGUUUGGAAUCGGGACUUGCAACACUGAUAAUGGGCCUGCUAUUCCAAUAGUGUAUGAUACUGGAAAUGCGUUAUCAACCAAAUAUCUCUAUGGGCCAAAUUCAAGAAGAAUAUUUGAGCCCGGAUUCAUCGCAUUCAGGGUCUACAAUAACGAAAAGGCUGCUAUGGCUCUUUGUUCAGGCGUUAAACCUGUUGGCGGUUGUGACACUGAACAUUUUUGUAUUGGUGGAGGUGGACACUUUCCUGAAGCGGCUCCUAGACAGUGUGGGGACUUUGCGAGCUUCGACUGGAGUGGUUAUGGUACUAAUGAAGGAUGGAGUGCUUCCAAAGUAAUAACUGAAGCAGCUGUGCUUCUCUUUUAUCGCUGACACGCUGAUCAGUCUAAAAUCUUCUCUUUGACUAAUGUCACACUGAUUAACACUGGAAUGCUACAUGCACAAUUAUUUUCAUAAAUCUAUAUCAUCACAAUAUAUAACCUUUAAAUCAGAAUGCGUAUGUGUCACAAAUAAAAAAUAUGGAAAAGGUUAUAUACAUAAAAAAGGCAAUGGCAGACUUUCAAAAUGCUCAUGAGAUUCUUCUUACUUUACCAUCUUUGUUACCUAUGCUAAACUGCUGUUAUAAACUGAGGCAUUCUUUUUGCCGGGAGGAUUAUCUGUGAUUGGUAUGAGGUCCUCCCGUGUGUCAUUAAAGCAUAUUCAAAGGCA